AUGCCGCAGUACCUUGUAAGGCUCGCCCAAACCCAUGAGAGCUUUCGCAAGGCUGAGCUGGAGGCUCUUGCCGAGCUAGCCGGCAUAGAUAUCAGAUUCGACUUUUACGACGAAGAUUCUCCUUUCUGCAUUCUCGCUCUCCCUUCCCCAACCGCCGCCGCAAUUCUCAUCCACAGAAGUAUACUUUCCCUCUCUAUCCAUGAACUUUGGGCACAAGGAACCGACUACGCCACUCUCCACGCCUCCAACCAUGCAGCAUCAUCUAUCUUUUGGCCGCAUUACGCCACCUCCUCGUUCCGCUUCACCCUCGACUCCUACCGCGGCUCCCGCUCCACCGCGACCCAACGCACCAUCAUCGACAGCUUCUCCUACAUGCCCUUGAACGGCCGCAUAAAAAUGUCAAACCCAGACCUCUCCCUAACCAUCUUCGAAGACUUUGCCACCGGCAGCCAUGAGCCCCGCGCCCUCUACCUCGGCCGCCUACUCUCGCUAUCCGGCCGCAUCGCAAAAACAACCUACGACCUCAAGAAACGCGCUUACAUUAGUACGACGAGCAUGGAUGCUGAGCUCGCUCUCGUAACCGCCAACGUGGCGCUCGCAGCACCGGGAAAGCUUUUCUAUGACCCUUUUUCUGGGACAGGUGGCUUCAUGGUCGCGGGCGCGCAUUUUGGAGCGAGCGUGUGGGGCAGUGAUAUCGAUGGGCGGAGUAUCCGCGGAAAAGGCGGGAAGGCAAAGAAGGAUGUUGUGAGUAAUAUGGUGCAAUAUGGUCUCACCUCUCGGUAUCUAGACGGCUUCAUUGCGGAUCUGACCAACUCGCCUAUCCGGGGUGCUCGCGGGCCGGGGGAGGACGCGGCGAGGGGCGGGUGGUUGGAUGGGAUCAUGUGUGAUCCACCGUAUGGUGUGAGAGAGGGGUUGAAGGUGCUGGGGUUGAAGAGGGAUCCAGGGGAGAACAGGGAGAGGUUAGCAUGUGUUGAUCGGUAUAUGGAGGAAGGGUACAUACCACCGAAGCGGCCGUAUAGUUUCGAGGCGAUGUUGGAGGAUAUUCUGCAGUUCGCGGCGGUUAUGCUAGUAGUUGGGGGGAGGCUGAGCAUGUGGAUGCCAACGGCGAAUGAGGAGGCAGAAAAUGGGGAGGAGCAAAAAGAGUUGAGUAUACCGAUGCAUCCAGCUUUGGGUCUGGUGAGCGUUUGUGUGCAGCCUUUCAACAAAUGGUCUCGUCGCCUCCUCACAUACCGCCGUCUCUCUCCAGACGAAAUAUCACCAGAAGCCCUCAGCGCCAUGGUAUCCCACAAAAAGCGUGCCCAUGGUAACGGCCAAAAUGCAGACGAUCUGAAUGACUUUCGGAGAAAGUAUUUCCAGGGGUUCAAGGAGCCUGAAACUUAG